UACUCCUUUUCUUCUUCUUCUCAGCGAGCAAUCCUCAAGUCCCGUGAUUGCAGUGUGUUUCCUUGAUCGACAGUGGUGCAGCUUCACUUUCUCUUCAUUGCGUCAAGUACCCACUUUCGUUGGCUCUCUCAGGAGUUCCAGCUUUAUAGAUAUGGCCCUCCAGUUGAGUGGCACCUCCGCAACUGCGUUGCUAACUUCCCGUCUUCAGUGUUUCUCGAGCUCAAGUUCGUCCAGGCAGUGGAGCACUAGCUCUGUUUUGCCUUUGAAGCAGCAGACCAGCAGGAACUCUGGGAGACUUGUAGUGCGCGCAGCAGAAGGUGUUGACGUUGGUGCUAAGGAGGGGAAAGGUGACAUCUUCCCCUCAGGAGAGUGGGCCGAGAAUUUCUCAUUAUUAAAUUAUGAAGAUUUGUCGAAGCACUAUGAGCCCGUUCUGUUCAAACCAGAGGCACAACCGUCUACACAUCUGGCAGAUGUAAUGUCCAGAACUAUCAUCACUGCAUCUCCAGGACAAUCUCUUGAGGAGGUGGACCGUUACUUCUCAGAUAUUUCUGGCCUUCCUGUGGUUGAUAACGAGCACAAAUGCGUCGGUGUUCUUUCCAAAAAGGAUCGGUCUAAAGCAUCCGAUCUGAAAAACAAAGUGAAGGAUGUCAUGACCAAGCCAGCAAUCACCUUACCUGCAGAUAAGACCGUCUCUGAUGCUGCUGUCUUGAUGUUGAAGAACAAGAUUCAUCGCAUCCCCAUUGUAAAUGAGUCGAAUCAAGUCGUAGGUAUUGUGACGAGGACUGAUAUUUUCAGUGCUAUGGAAGGAGGCAAUCAGGAUGGCGCAGAAACGAAAAAACCUAUACAUUUCUUGCACCUUGACGAUUUUGACAAGGAAACAUUGGUACACAUUUUGGAUCGUGCCGCUGAAGUUAAGGCCAAGUUGAAGUCAGGAGAUAGGAGCUAUCAGCCUUUGAAGGGGAUGUCGAUGUCUAUGAUUUUCACUAAGCCAUCCAUGCGGACAAGAGUGUCAUUUGAAACUGGGUUUUAUCAGCUUGGAGGACACGCCAUCUACCUGGGUCCUGAUGACAUUCAGUUGGGAAAGCGAGAAGAAACACGUGAUAUUGCUCGCGUGCUCUCCGGCUAUAACGAUGUAAUUAUGGCACGUCUGUUUGCUCACAAGGACCUGCUGGAUUUGGCAGAAUACUCUAAGGUUCCUGUUAUCAAUGGACUUACUGACUACAACCACCCUUGCCAAAUCAUGGCUGACGUCCUCACGAUCAAUGAGUUUAUUGGUAGUAUUGAAGGUCUCAAGGUAGUGUACGUAGGGGAUGGUAACAACAUGGUGCACUCCUGGUUGCGCCUGGCAGCUGUAUUCCCUUUCCAUUUCGUAUGUGCAUGCCCGAAGGGGUACGAGCCUGAUGCUGCUACAGUAGAGAGAGCUCGUAGAGCAGGAGUAAGCAGAAUCGAAAUCAGCCAUGAUCCUACAGAGGCUGUGAAGGGUGCAAAUGUUAUUUAUGCGGAUGUGUGGGCUAGUAUGGGUCAGAAAGAGGAUGCAGGCAAUCGGAAGAAGGUUUUCCAGGGUUUCCAGGUGAACGAGGCCCUAAUGAAAUCUGCAGGGCCCCAAGCUUAUUUCAUGCACUGUCUGCCAGCUGAAAGAGGAGUAGAGGUCACGGACGGCGUCAUUGAGGGCCCCAAAUCAAUUGUGUUUCCUCAAGCAGAGAACAGGAUGCACGCCCAGAAUGCCAUCAUGCUCCACUGUCUCGGUUUCUGAGGCCAUCAUGGAUCGGCUUAGCUUGAACAACGGUCAUAUGUUUUCGUUGCUUGAGCUGUUGCUGUCUGAAUCCGGGACUCUCCUCGAGCUUAAUCCUGCGCAGUUCAUGGAAGAGAAAUAGCACCCAGUUUUGUUGUGUGUAGAUGGAGUGUACAGGAUGGCAUCAUUGUGUUCAGUGUUGUGCUGUAUCCUUACGGUAGAUAGCGGCUUCGAGAUUGUCGAGAAAUUAAUACGUUGUGCAGGUGUUGAUUAUGACUUCCUAGAUUGUGUGAUCUUUGAAGUAGUAGGACCGAGCUCAUACUUGCAUUAGGAAUGUUUUGGCCAAUGAGGUUUAGCAAUGUGAUUCAUCGUCUCGUGCUUGAUUCGAGCAAUUAGAUUGUGCAGGACUUUCACGUGGCCUUCCUCAAAUUAGACUUCAUUCUCUGUCGUUAUCCUUCGAGAAGAUAACUAGUUUCAGAUGCGCAAGCCUCCAUCUUUCUUCCCAAUCAAAUGGAUCCCCAGAUAAGAUCGAAUGGUUUGAAAACCUACUUUGGGCCA